AUGCGCUGCGCACUGGCAUCGCAGCUGCGAAGCACAGCUGCCGGGCGCCCGACGAGUCCCCGGAGACUGCAGCCUACCCGUGAGGCCCGCAUCUGCAACCAGCAGAGUGAGCGACUCCAUCAUGCCGACGUUGGAAGCUGCCGCGACCAAGACAGCUCACGAAGUCUGAUCUGCGACUCGUGCUGCACCGAAAAGGUCACAGCGAUGGACUUGACUUCUGCACUGGAGAUCCGUUUGCAUGAGGCUGAGCGGCGAAUUACCGUGCUACUUCGCAACGUGAAGUUCGUGGAAGAGUUUCGCCACCUCUGCCGAAAGGAGCGACACGAGCGAGAGUGCGAGUGGGAAACAAUCGGCUCCGUCGUGGUGCAACCGCCUUCCACGCCAAGGCCGGCUUCGACCCGACCCGGCUGCGCUGCCGUCGCCAGGGAGGCGGCUCCCGCGGCGGCUCAAGUCGAGGCUUUGGAGGCUCGCGUGGCCAAGUUAGAGACACUCGACUUCGAGGGACGGAAGGAAGUCUCGGCUGUGAAGAACACGGCCGAGGCUUUGGAUUUUAGAGUGGCGACGCUGGAAGCCAUGGACAUCAGCCUCAAGGCCAAUGAUGUGGAGAUGAUGCUGUUCCAGGGCAGUCUGGCAACCUUAAGGCAGCUACAACAGAUGCCGCUGCAACAGGCCCUCGGCUCCGUUCGGGUGCAAGCUCCUACCACAGCAAGGCCGGCUUCGACCCGACCCGGCUGCGCUGCCGUCGCCAGGGAGGCGGCUCCCGCGGCGGCUCAAGUCGAGGCUUUGGAGGCUCGCGUGGCCAAGUUAGAGACACUCGACUUCGAGGGACGGAAGGAAGUCUCGGCUGUGAAGAACACGGCCGAGGCUUUGGAUUUUAGAGUGGCGACGCUGGAAGCCAUGGACAUCAGCCUCAAGGCGCCGGAAACGGAGGAGAAGUUGCUGGACCCUGGCAGCCUGGCAACCUUAACGCAACUUGCAGAGCAAGCACUACAAGAGGUGUCAAAAGUCUCCGAACUCUCCGCGCGGCUUGGCUCAUUGCAGAGGCGUCUGACGGAGCGACAAGCUGCCAUGGAGUCGCAAUCCGAGGAGUUCGGCCGAGCUCUGCUCAGUCUGCUGAGUGACUUUCAGGUCCACAGUGCGCAGGCAGAGAAGAAUUGGGCUUCUUUCGAGGAGGCAUUAAGCCGAAGAGCGGCGCAUCCCAAUGAGGCGAUAUUAGCAUCAGAAGUUGGAUGUACCUCGUCGUAG